AUGGAGCAGCUCACAUGGGACUAUAUCCUCAAGUACGUCAUUGUCGGUGACGCUUCGGUGGGCAAGUCAUGUCUCCUCGUCCGCCUCACCGACGACCGGUUCGGGACCAGCGAGCCGACACUCGGUGUCGAGUUUGCGGCCCGUAUCAUUGAUGUUGGAGAGCAGGGGAAGCGUGUCAAGGUGCAGUGCUGGGACACGGCGGGCACCGAGAGCUUUCGGAGUAUCACCAGGAGCUACUUCCGAGGCGCAGCUGGCGCGCUGCUCGUGUACGACGUGACGCGGCGAGAGUCAUUCGAGCACGUCACUUCCUGGCUGGAUGACCUGCGAGCACACGCCGACGAGAACGUCUCCAUCAUCCUCGUCGCCAACAAGACCGACCUGUGCGCGACCGAGCCCACCCCGCUGCCACAAAUACAGUUUGGCCAGGCGAUCCCCGUGCCCCUCGACCCGCCCGCAGCAGCAGAGGGCAGCGCACGGCCGAGCGAGGACGGCACGACCGGCGGCAGCGCGGGCGCGACUGGAGCCGGCAUGCCGGCGUCCAAGCCCGCCAAGAAGCUCGUUCCGCGAGCCGUGUCGACGCUCGAAGGCGCCCUGUUUGCCAAGCAGCACAACCUGCUCUACGUCGAGACCAGCGCCAAGGAAGGCUGGGGUGUCGUGGACGCGUUUGAGUGGACGGCGCGCCAGAUCCUCGAGCGUGUGGAGCGCGGAGAGUUUGAGCGCCGCAAGCCUGCCGCAGCAGUCAACUUGAAGGAGCAGAAGGCAAAGGGCGGGUGCUGCUAG